AUAUAUUUUAUGUACAGAUGCAUAAGUAUACACGUACGUUCGAUUAAGCAUGAAUCAAAAUUCAGAUUGCUGCGAACUGCAGCAAUUGGUGCAGAAAGAGAGGAGCGAAGAGCUAUUGACUCGAGGUGGUGAAGCGACACCGCCUUCUACACCUGUCAAAUCCAAUCAUCCAUCCGAUGGUGAAACGCUCAGCUCUCACACCCUGCAACAUACCAUGUGGGAUAAUAAUGUGCAAGCGUCGUCGAUUAUCAGUAAAGAGUCAUCGAGUCAAGCAACAAUUAGUCAAGCCUCUAUGUCUGGCAGAGCAUUCAAUUUAUCUUAUGUUGGGAAUCAAUCACGCCCGAUACAUGCCAAUGACAAAGAGAGACAAAAACCAAUUCGUAUGGAUCUCCCAAGGAUGGGAAAGCAACAAAAGGUGAUGACACCAUGCAAGCAUCAUUCAUUUUUAUCAGAAGUACCCGAUGUCAGGCAUAUGGAGCAAGCGCUACUCCAGCUACUCGAAGACUUCCAUAGUGGCAAUUUGCGUGCUUUUGGCAAAGAUUGUAGUAUGGAACAAAUGACUGAAAUUAGAGAGCAGCAGGAAAAACUUGCGCGACUUCAUUUUGAAAUGGGACAACGUCAGGAUAUUCACGAGAUUGAGCAAUCAAGUUUUAGACAAUCGAGUGCCAAUAUGCUUAAUCUUCUUCAACGACUCGAACAACUUAGUGUUUGCAUCGAGCAAUUGCAUAGCAAAUAAUCAAAAAUUUGUAAUGAAAGUUGAUCAAAUGAUUUUUAAUUGUAAAUAUUACUUCU